AUGGUGCAUUACCAUCAUCUUCUUCCAAUCUUUCUAGCAAUUUUCUUUCCUUUUGUUUCAACUAUUUUCUCCGACUUAGCCGCCGAUAGAGCCGCCCUUCUCCGCCUUAGGUCCUCCAUCCGUGGGCGGACACUAAGGUGGAACGCCACUAGUCCCAGUCCAUGCAGAUGGGAAGGUGUUACAUGCAACACCGCUAUCAACCGUGUAGUCUCCCUUCGCCUCCCCGGGGGUGGUCUUUUCGGUCAGAUACCGGAGAAUACUAUUGGAAGCUUGACUGAGCUACGGAACCUCAGUCUCCGCCGUAACUCCCUAUCAGGGGCAAUCCCUUCUGACUUGGGUUCAUGUACAGAGUUGCAGUAUCUUUAUUUGCAGGAAAACCGGUUUUCAGGUGAUAUUCCGGAUGGCUUAUUCAGAUUGACCAAUCUUUUACGUAUAAAUCUUGCUAGGAACAACUUUUCUGGGGAUAUUUCGGCGAAUUUCGACAAAUUGACCAAUUUAAGGGCUUUGAACUUGGAAAAUAACCGAUUCAGUGGCUCACUUCCUGAGUUAAAUAGCUUACCUAAUCUAAGGGAUGUUAAUGUUUCAUUCAAUAAUUUAAGUGGUCCAAUUCCUUCUCGUUUAAAGGGAUUUUCUUCCGGAUCUUUUUCGGGGACUUUGCUGUGUGAUGAACCUUUGCCUUCAUGUCCUAAUCAUGGAGGAAGCACUAAUCAUGGAGGAAGCAAACUGUCUGGUGGUGCCAUAGCUGGGAUAGUUGUUGGAUCAGUUUUCGGGUUGUUUUUGGCUCUGUUAAUUAUCUUUAUUUUAUGGAGAAAAUGCAGAAACAGAGAAGUCUCCCAGCAGAAUGAGCGGUCACCAAUACCACCUUCACCAGUGAAGCCACCAGAAUAUGAUUUUAGAAGUCCUAGGCCUUACAUACCUAGAGAAGAUCACGGGUCGAGUAACGGGUUCUCGGGUCCGAUCGUGGUGAAUGAGAUUCCGGGAAGGGCAACUCGGAAUGUUGAGAAUGGUGAUGGUGGAUUGGUCUUUGUUGGGGAUAGUGCUCAAAUGUUCAGCUUGGAUGAAUUGUUGAGAGCAUCAGCUGAGGUUUUGGGAAAGGGGAUUGUUGGGACUACUUACAAGGCAUAUGUGGAGACGGGUGAUGAAGUGGUUGUGAAAAGGGUGAAAAAUGUUUGUAUUUCAGAAGAGGAGUAUACAGAUAGAAUUGAAGUAUUAGGGGCUAUGAAACAUGAGAAUUUGGUGCCUGUUAGAGGAUACUUUUAUGGCAAAGAGGAGAAGCUUAUUAUAUUUGAGUCCAUGCCAAUGGGAAGCUUGCAUUCUAUUUUACAUGAAAAUAGAGGGUCAGACAGAGCAGCCUUGACUUGGGUGAUUAGGUGUAGAAUUGCGUAUGGCACUGCCAGUGGUAUAGAGUAUCUUCAUUCCCUCAGAUCGAGCAGUAGCCAUGGAAACAUCAAGUCAUCCAACAUCUUCCUCAAGCAGUACUACGAUGCCUGCGUUUCUGAGUAUUGCAUAACAAGAUUGGUUUCCCCCAUUCCUACUUCAGACCUGAUUGGUUACAAAGCACCUGAGGUGGUUGAUUCCCGCAAGGUCUCCCAGAAGGCUGAUGUCUAUAGUUUUGGUGUCUUACUUUUGGAAUUAUUAACUGGUAAACAACCUAGAAACGCCCUUCAGGAAGAAGGAAUCGACCUCCCCAGAUGGGUGAAAUCAGUAGUUAAGGAAAGGUGGUCUAUUGAAGUCUUUGAUCCUGAGCUUCUCAGGCAUCAGAACUUUGAAGAGCAAAUGGUUCAGCUGUUAAAUCUUGCGAUUUCUUGCACUUCUCAGCACCCUGAUAGGCGACCAUCCAUGCAUGAAAUUACUAUGCAGAUCAAAAAUAUUUCUGGAGUUCCAGUUUCAGACUGAAUUUAUCAUUAAGAAUGUGGGAUAGUCAUCUUUUUCAGAUUUUUUUUCAAUAUUGCAGCGUGAAGGAGUCAUGAGGCUCAUCUAGAUUUAGAAGUUACCAUCUGCAAUUAGCUUUUCUAGGUUUAUUAAUUUCUUUCUCCUAUUCUUUAGGCAAAUUCUUCAUUUCCAGAGCAUUCUUGAACCAUCAGACCUCUUUGAAGAUAAAUCUAAGGCCUAUUCCUCUUCACUAUUCUCCAUUCUAUGGAUUUUCUUGUCACUAGUUAGGGAACUUAAUCUUGUUGUGUACAUACUUCCUGUUUUUCUGUAUGGCCCUUGACGUCCAAAGCAGUCCAGGGAGAUGGUCAGUUGUUCAGAGAUGUAAAAACCUCAUUCAAUUUUA